GUUAUGCCCCUGUUUAAGCCCUCGAACUCUACACUGACGGUGAGGUGAACAAGCCGCGUCCCUAAACCGCUGCGCAGCAGCACCAGCAGCUCCACUGGCUCAGCAGUCAAUGGUGCAGCAGAUGCAGCGACCAGUGGCUGUAUCCUUCCCUGUUCACCGCGGCCAUGUCUCCUGUGAGCUCAGAUAAUGACAAGCCUGUUGAGAAUGGCAAGGACAAGGAAUCCAUCAACACGCCACUGAAGGGACUGGAGACAAUUUCUCCUUUGGUCCAGUCUGCGCAGGAGACCCCUGAGCCGAUCUCUACCACAGUGCAAGGCAGCAUUCCCCCCUGGAUCAAUGGCAAAUUCCUCCGCAACGGCCCGGGGAAGUUUGAGUUUGGAAACACACACUACAACCACUGGUUCGACGGGAUGGCAAUGCUACACCAGUUCAAGAUCGACCAAGGCCAGGUGACGUACAGGAGCCGGUUCCUGAGCAGCGAUGCCUACAAGAAGAACAGUGAGAGGGACCGCAUCAUGAUGUCAGAAUUCGGGACACUCGCCAUGCCCGACCCCUGUAAAAACUUCUUUCAACGCUUCCUGUCUCGCUUUGAGAUGAUUGAGCCCACGGAUAAUGCGAGUGUGAGCUUUGUGAAGUACAAAGGUGACUACUAUGUCAGCACAGAGACAAACUUCAUGCACAAAGUGAACCCAGAGAAUCUAGAAACGCUGGAAAAGGUGGACUGGAGCAAGUUUAUUGCUGUUAAUGGAGCCACUGCCCACCCACACUAUGACCCUGACGGUACCACCUACAAUAUGGGCAACUCGUAUGGAAGCAAAGGAGCCCAGUACAACAUCAUCAAAGUGCCGCCUGAGAAGACCGAUGCCAAAGACACGCUGCAAGGCGCCAAAGUGCUCUGCUCUAUCGUGCCUUCAAACAAGUCCCAUCCCUCCUACUAUCACAGCUUUGCCAUGUCAGAGAACUGUGUGGUGUUCAUCGAGCAGCCAAUCAAGAUGGACCUGCUGAAGAUCGUGACAUGUAAGAUGAGGGGGAAGGCUCUGAGCGAAGGCAUCUACUGGGAUCCCAAUCUGGAAACUGUCUUCCAUGUUGUUGACAAGCACACAGGCAAGGUCAGCUCAGUGAAGUACCACGCCAAAGCCCUCGCCACCUUCCAUCAGAUCAACGCCUUCGAGGAGGAUGGACUCUUGAUGCUUGACAUGUGCUGCGCAGACGACGGCCAAGCCAUCAACAACUACCUCAUCCAGAACUUACGCAAGUCAGGAGAUGCACUCGAUGAGGUGUACAACACCUUGGCCAAGAAUUACCCCCGGCGUUUUGUUUUGCCCCUGAAUGUGACGAGUGAAACACCAACGGGCCAGAACCUGAACACGCGGCCCUCCAGUGACGCAACGUGUGUCAAAGUCAGCACGGAUAAGGUCUUCUGCCAGCAUGAGAAUCUCCAUGGUGAUGACCUCGAUGACUACGGAGGCCUGGAGUUCCCUCAGAUCAACUAUGGCAGAUGUAACACACGACCAUACCGAUAUUUCUACGGCUGUGGCUUCAGACACCUGGUGGGAGACUCUCUGCUCAAGAUGGACCUGAACGACAAGACGUUUAAGGUCUGGUACCAGAAGGGUCUCUACCCCUCAGAGCCCGUGUUUGUGCCGUCACCUGAAGCCGUGGAGGAGGAUGAUGGUGUCGUCCUCUCUGUGGUUCUCACCCCCUCACAAGAUAAAGGGACAUUCCUCCUGGUUUUGGAUGCCAAGACGUUUGAGGAGUUGGGAAGAGCCAAUGUGCCUGUUAACAUCCCUUAUGGCUUCCAUGGAACCUUUAAUGCAUCUGCAUAGAUCGAACUAUGUUACUCUUCUGAUACAAAGAAUACAAAAUGCUGUAUCAUACACAAGUUAUUACUAUAAUGUAGGCAUCAAUCUAUAUUGAGCUUAAAGGAUGGUCCGACUAUUAUAUCACCCAAGUGUCUAAUGGACAUUUUCUUUUGUACUCUUUUUAGUCUCGCACUAUAUUUUUUUAAAGGCUGAUUUACUUUUAUAUCCAAUAUUUACCGUUGUGAAUUUUCAGGUGCUGUUACACAGUUGUGCAUUAAAACACAGAAUCUCUGCCAAGGUGUUUGUUCACAAAUAUGAUCACAUGUAAAAACAGCUGGAAAAUGAAAAUCGUCAUAUUAUGGAUUGUGUUACUUUUGUAGAUGGGAGUUUUCCCCUCAAAACAUUUUUCCCCUGUUAUUUUCUACACUAAAGUUUGUAAUUUGUUUGAUUUAACCAAUUUAUUUUGAACAUGUGAACAAAUUGCAAACAAAAUAAAGCAUUUACCAAAACAUUCUAAAAUAAAUAUCAAUAGUCCCAUCAUUAAACCCUGGGGAACCCCACAGGUAAUGUUCAGUAAAGGCUUUAACGUGGCGAGUCCUCUCCCUCCAAAUCCAGAUCUUUGUAUUUUUUUAAAUAGUAAAUCUUACUCUAAUAUGUAAAAUGUUUUUUAGUUUUUCCCCCAGAAUGACCACUACUACAUAUUCUUUAUUUUCUAUUGCUUUUUCUAUUUUUUUCUAUCUUCCUUUUAUACAAACAAAGUUGUCUUACCAGCUCAGAAUCUAUGUUGCUGCUCAUAUGAAAUGUAUUAUGAUUUCUAAUGAAGUGAUCAGGUUUUGUAUGGAAUAUGCAUUAGUAUCCAGUAACUGUGGAAGCUAGGGAAAAAGGUCUGCAGUUUAUAUUCAGCUUUAUAUAUUAUGUAUCAUGAUAAGCUGUUAAUUUUCCAUUUUAGAGACUGGUUACAGAUAUGAGUCACAGGUUUAACAGUACAUUCGUUUACAUUUUUAACUAAACAUUUCAAUUUGAUUCCAGACCGUGGGUUUAUUACUCUUGAUCUUUAAAACUAUUUCCUUUCCAUCCGUUUUCCUUUUUUAAUAUAGAUUCUUUAAUACAACUUUGCUUCCCACAAAAUUUCAGUCAAACACAGACUUCACUGACAAAGAAAUCAUUAAAUGUAUCUGAAACCAAG